AUGGAAGAGAUUCAGUACACCAGAGAGAUAACCAACUAUGAUGCCUAUAUUCUUGUUUUACUGUCUCAAAGCAAGAUGCAGCAACCCCCCAUGGGAGCUCUGCUUCUCCUCCUGCCCUGGUUUGGUGGACUUGUGCUGGGAGAGCUCAGCGAGGACUUCUCCCAGUGCCUGGAUUUCUUCUAUAAAAGAUCUCCACCACAGGGCAUUACUGCAGCAGGAUACCAGCCAAUAUGCCAGCGCUACAAAAACCAGUACCACUUUGCCAGCCUGUAUCAUCGUCAGCAUCGGACACCUCUGUACUCCGCAUAUGUGCUCCAUCCUGCUGAGGGUAAACGGCCCAAUUCCACCUGGAUGUAUGAACCUCAGUUGGCAUUCUCUCAUGCCAGCCCAGAGAUGACAGUCUUCCACUUCCCUGUUGACCAGAAUGUGGUUGAGAGCCAGGCGGUGCUUCAGGACUACAGGAAUUCAAACUUCACAAAAGGCCAUCUCAAUCCCAGCAUGCACCAGAAGACCAAACAAAACCGUGAGGCUACAUUCACUCUGACUAACAUUGUCCCUCAGCGAGCAGGCUCCAACUCUGGCCCUUGGAACCGUUUGGAGACUGAGGUAUUGAAGAAGUACAAGGCCUUCUGCAAUGGUUCGAUGUAUGUGAUCACCGGAGGCCUGCCAUAUGAGUCUGAACCCCGCUGGAUCAAUAACAGGGUGUCUGUUCCUGAGUACAUGUGGUCUGCAUACUGCUGCCCAUCCUACAGUGCUCUUCUUUCUGAGUCUAUGAGGAUGUUUUUCCCUACGUACGCCGCAGUGGGAAGAAACGACAUAAACAGUUCAGAGGAGAUAGUUCCAAUUAACAUCAAUUCCAAAGCGUCGUUCAGGGGCUAUGAUGUGAGGCGGAUGUCUUUAGAGGCUCUGGAAGACAUCCUGAGAAUGAGGCUGGCUAUGCCUGUCAGUCUAUUUGAUGGACAGUGUAAGUAG